AUGAGAUCAACCAGUACUGGAAAUUUACCAGUGAGCAUUGGUCUAAAGGAUGGAGGUUGUCCUUAUGGAACAGUUCCAAUUAUGAGAAUUGAUGAAGAUAGCUUGGCAAGAGCCAAAAUGAAUACAAAGAUGUAUCUCAUGUCAAAUAUUAUAGAUGAUGAUCAAGAACCAGGACAUCAUUACGCAAUACUUCAAACAAAACCUGAUCUAACUAGGAAGAUUGAGGGAAUUCAAGCAUCCUUCAGUGCCUUCAACGCCCAAGGAGUUGAUGGAUCGCAGCACAGUUCAUUUCGCAUGAUGCUUUCAAACGGUCUUGACAGUAUAAAAACAGGAUUGACGGUAAAUCCAUUGCUAUUUCAAGACAACAAAACUCGUCUAUUUACACAUGUCGUGAUACCUCUAGGUUGGCCAGUCGAUCUUAUUUCAGUCGUCGGCGGCAAGCAAUAUGCCAUAAAAUUGCAGGUCCUUAAGGAAUAUAUAGGUAGAGGGCCAAAUACAACAGACUUUGUGUGGACAUUACGAUUUGAACUAAAGAAUGACAUACUUGGUUUGUGGCCAACAAAAGUAUUCAGCAAACUGAGUGAGUUUGGUAACUAUGCUGAUUGGGGAGGAGAAGUUUACAGUCCGUUGGAUCAACCAAGUCCUGCUAUGGGUACCGGCAUCCGUCCACUUAGACACCAAUGGUCCACGUCGUACUCAGCACAUAGUCAUUUUGUUGCACUUGCAUAUCAUGAAGCUGAUUUGCAAUCAAAAUUCGAGAGUCCCAACGAAACAGAGGUGUAUGAAUCCGAUCCAAAAUUAUACAGUAUUUUAGAUAUUGGACAUAGAGAUAAAUUAAUAUUUGGAGACUAUUUGAUUAUAUAUGAUGGCCCCGGUGGAAUACAAAGUAUUUGA